AUGCAACUCACGACGUUCCUCCUCGCAACCGCCACCCUCCUCGCCUCCACCGUCUCCGCCCAGAGCAAACCCCACGGCAUCGACAUCGGCAACGAGGCCUGCGUCGGCUCCUGUGUCCGCGACCCUAAGUUGUUGACUUGUCCCAAGACCAAGUACCAACCCGACCAAGGAUGCUACGUCUGCUGCUGGGGGGACGAUGACGCCGAUGCGUGGGCGGAUCACAUUCACGAUGACUUUGGGGAUUUCUGA